AUGAAUGUCGGAGGCUUAAUUAGAGAGGAGUGCUACGGCUGCGCCAGUCCCUCCGACACCGUCGCGCUAUACACCUGUGCAUCGCGUACCCCGUCGCACGCGCACCCGCUCGUCCGCACGCAAGCGCAUCUUUCUACUUCAACCAUACGACAUUUCUCUGAGAUGAGCCGGCAUAUUUGCUUGGUGGCUGCCGCCUUCCUAGCAGCACUUUGCGUAGUGGAUGCUCAGAGACGUCUCGCUUUACCAGACCCAAGAAGCUGCGCCAAUAGAGUCCGUCACUCGACGUACCGUGAUGCCCGAGGAGUCCUCCAUUCGUACUUCUUCAGUUGGGAGCACGCCCCUACUCGAAACUUAGAGGUAGACUGGCUUGACGCUAGGAACAUCUGUCGCCGUCAUUGUAUGGACGCCGUCUCGCUGGAGACCCCACAGGUACAUACCUAUGUAUAUGUAUGA